AUGAGAAUCGAAACCUGCCACUUCUGCUCCCGCCCCUGCUACCCCAGCAAAGGCAUCACCUUCGUGCGCAACGACGCCAAAUCCUUCCGCUUCUGCCGCAGCAAAUGCCACGCCAACUUCAAAAUGAAGCGCAACCCGCGCAAGCUCGGGUGGACAAAAGCCUUCCGCCGUGCGCACGGGAAAGAAAUGACCGUCGACUCGACCCUACAGUUCCAGCAACGGCGCAACAUUCCUGUGCGGUAUAACCGUGAGCUGGUGGCGAAGACUCUGCUGGCGAUGGAGAGGGUAGAGGAGGUGCGGAGACGGAGGGAGAGGGCUUUCUAUAGGAAGCGGAUGGAGGGGGUUAAGGAGAAGGAGAUUGAGAAGGAUCGGAAACUGGUGGAGGAGAAUCAGCAUUUGCUUCCGCCGCAAUACCGGGACCAGGUCGAGAAGGUGCUGGCGGAGCCGGAGGCGAUGGAGGUCGAGGAGGAGGUGCUGGAGGAGAAGCAGAAGGGAAAGAUGAAGACGAAGAGGAAGCAGAAGUUGAGGAGGGACGGGACGGUGGACGAGGACGAGGAGAUGGAGGUGGAUGCUUGA